UCUGCUUUACCUGUGGUGGGGGGGGGGAGGCGGUAGGUAGGACGAGACACUCUUAUGUAUGAGGGUCUGUGGCGCCCAGAGCAAGUUUAAACUCCUCUCCCCACCCUUCCUAGAGCCCGCCGAAUGGAUUCCGAUUCCAGUUUGAUAUCGAGUCAGCCGUCUUCUCCGGAGGCAGACAGCAUUUUUCUGUCGGACGAACCGACCUCGGGUUUCACCAGCACCGUAUCAUCCACGCAGAGCGACUGCGGCGAGCGAGGCGGGCAGCUGAGAGGCAAGGACAUCAGGCUGAAAGACAAGAAGCAGAUGAGCGAGCCCGAGCUUCAGCAGCUGAGGCUGAAGAUCAACAGUCGCGAACGCAAACGGAUGCACGAUCUGAACAUCGCCAUGGACGGGCUACGGGAAGUCAUGCCUUACGCCCACGGACCUUCUGUUAGAAAGUUAUCCAAAAUCGCCACCUUGCUCCUGGCCAGAAACUACAUCCUCAUGCUCACCAACUCGCUGGAGGAGAUGAAGAGGCUGGUGAGUGAGAUCUAUGGUGGCCACCACAGUAGUUUCCACCCAUCGGCCGCUUGCGGGGCGCCUCUGCCGGGCCACCUAGCAUCACACGCCGCUCACCAGCUUCACCAUCCCAUCAUGGCCCCGACAGUCACCUCAGCCUCUCUGUCCGGAGGCAGCAUCCCAACCGUGAACAGUAUCAGACCUCCUCAUGGUCUUCUCAAAUCGGCAUCCGCGGGCUCCGGCCCGCUGGGCAGCGGGUUUCAGCACUGGGGAGGCAUGCCCUGCCCGUGUACCAUGUGUCAGGUGCCACCGCCUCACCAUGUAGCCAGCAUGACCACGGCCGGGAUGUCUCGAUUAUCCUCUGACAGCAAGUAAACGAACUGCAUCACUACUCGCGCAGAGACUCGUCUAAUCGCCUCUAGAAAAGUUGAAUACUUUAACUCAGACAGGUUAUAAGAUCAGGUUAUUUCUUGUCAUUCCUAUCCGCGCACCGAGGUAAAUCUUACACCGGGUUAAGUCGUUAUCUUUGUGGUGAGGUUUUUUUCAUGUACCUGUAAGGAAGUUGCAGUAACCCUUUUCUGAAUCAAUGCCUCAGUUCCCGUUCAUUUCAACGAUGGUGUAAAUCGAGAACGGACAAGGAGGCGGAAGGUAUAUAACUAGUACUUUGAAACAUCUCAAUUUAGAUGUACCCCCCCCCCCCCUCUCUCUCUCUCUCUCUCUCUCUCUCUCUGGAGAAAAUUGGAUGUGUUGUUUUUUCAUAUUGCAACGAGGUCAAAUCAAACAGUGGAAACGGGAUACUGCAGCUUCAUUUAACGCGAAUUUCUCUGUAAAUGUGACCCACCAGCAAUGAAAAGUGGUUAUAGUUUUCAACAGUAAAGUACAUCUGGAAAUUAUUUAUGCACUAUUGCUCCAUCCCGUGAUAGCGUUACACUGAAUGAUUCUUAAGCCAAACGUACGAAGGUCACAGGAUCUUCGCGUUCAACAAUGAAAUGACCACGGAUGGAAGAUAAAGAGACCAGAAGAUCACGAGGAAGAAUAAUCAAGUCGAUCUCUGCAGCUAAAAUGUCGACUGACUAAAUCCCUGGAACAAUGAGAAGGGGAAUGUAUGCAAAAGACACUUGGCGGUGUGACUUGUGUAGUUGUCAAGUCUUGGAAACUUUCAUUCCUGUGGUUGAGGUAGAAUCACAAUGCGCCUGGAAUAUUUACCCCGACCCUGAAUUUACAAAGACAAAGUCUGUACACCUUUCCUGAAAGUAAUUGUUACAUUUUAUGAAAUAUGGGUAAGCGAUAUCUAUUGCGACUUCGAGAAUCCUUUACGAAUGAUCAAAUCCCACUACGCUGGCCUCCCCACCCCUGAGCUAUUCUGUGAGUUUAGAAUUCUGAUGUUGUUUCAUUUGUUCUUGGAGUGACUUCAUCUACACGAUUUCUGCGCUGUCUCCAUUGCAGAUUCGGUGUCUCGAUGGCUAUUUAACCCAUUAUAUUUCACAUCAACCCGCACUUAACACCCCCCCCCCCCCCCCCCCCCCCCCCCCCCCCCCAUCUUAAGCGGGUUGUUUGCUAAGAACCACCUGUAACUUCUUACCAUAACACUUUUUGUUUCCCAUUCGCGAGAGAAAAUGAAGGAAGAAAAUAAAGGCAAAACAUGCUCUUCAUCUUUUUAUUUUUGUAAAAAAAUAUGUGCUAAAUAAUAUUUAUUACUUAUUUCGUUUGGAGAAAAAAGUGACUUGUGGAUUAACUGUCGAGAUUUUAAAA